GGACUCUGGAAGUCAAACUACGUCAACAGGAGCCUCAGAGGAGCCGGACGGAGGCGGCGCGCUGCGUUCACUCCGAAACAUCCCCGAAAAGUCGACGGAGGUGAAACGACUUGUGCGUCUUGGAUCGUUUUGCAGCAGGUGGACAUGUUGGAUCCGCGCGUAAAGACGCACUGAGGACGGAUUUAAAAGUACAUUUUCGCUUCUUCUUGAGCAGGAGGAGAAGAUGCUGGCGAGGAAAAGCAUCAUCCCGGAGGAGUUCGGGCUGCCGGGACUCGCCUCUCGGAUGCCCCGCAAGCCGGUGUUCCGGGACCGCGUCAACAAAGCGCGCUUCAUCGCCAAGAACGGUUCGUGCAACUUGGCGCACAAGAACAUCCGCGAGCAGGGCCGCUUCCUGCAGGACGUCUUCACCACGCUGGUGGACCUGAAAUGGCGCUUCACGCUGGUCAUCUUCACCACCACGUUCGUCAGCAGCUGGCUGCUGUUCGCCAUGAGCUGGUGGCUGGUGGCGUUUGCGCACGGAGACCUAGAUCCGUUGCGGCAAAACGGGACCCACUGCGUCACCGACGUCAAGUCAUUCACGUCGGCCUUCCUGUUCUCCAUCGAGGUUCAGGUGACCAUCGGCUUCGGGGGACGGAUGAUAACAGAACAGUGUCCGACCGCCAUCACCGUCCUCAUCCUGCAGAACAUCGUGGGACUCAUCAUCAACGCUGUCAUGCUGGGUUGCAUCUUCAUGAAAACAGCUCAGUCGAACCGUCGAGCAGAAACUCUGAUCUUCAGCCGACACGCUGUGAUCGCUGUUAGAAACAACCGGCUGUGUUUCAUGAUUCGAAUCGGAGAUCUGAGGAAGAGUAUGAUCAUCGGAGCUACAGUCAGGUUGCAGGUGGUGAGGAAGACGACCACACCUGAGGGGGAGAUGAUUCCCAUCCAUCAGAUCGACGUCCAGACGGAGAGCGCCGUCGCCAGUAACAGCCUCUUCCUGCUCGCACCGCUCAUCAUCUGCCACGUCAUCGACAAAAACAGCCCGCUGUACGAUCUGUCGGCGAUGGAGCUCCAGUGCAGCGACCUCGAGGUCAUCGUCAUCCUGGAGGGAGUCGUGGAGACGACCGGCAUCACCACGCAGGCCCGGACCUCCUACGUCUCCGAGGAGAUCCAGUGGGGUCACCGCUUCGUUCCCAUAGUAACGGAGGAGGAGGGCGUAUACUCGGUGGACUACUCCAAGUUCGGAAACACAGUCAGGGUGGCGACACCUCGCUGCAGCGCCCGAGAGCUGGACGAGAAGCCGUCCAUCUUAAUCCAAACCCUGCAGAAGAGCGAGUUGUCGCACCAGAACUCGCUGAGGAAGAGGAACUCGAUGCGACGCAACAACUCCAUGCGUAAAGGAGCAGGAAGCAGCGGGAGUCUUCGAAGGAACAACUCUGGACUCGCCAAAGUCCAGUUCUUCACCCCGAGCGAGGGAGGCCAGAACCUGAACGGCGUCACCUGACAUGAGGCCUCCCUGCUGCUGGCCGCCCUGCUGCUCCUGCUGGGAAAAAGGAUUCUGGGUGUUGGAGUUUCUGCUUCCCUGACGGGACUCGUUCUUUCUCUGUUCCCCGCAUUAUUUCGACUCAUGUUUCGACACGUUUACUGCUAACGUUGCUCAUGUUCAUCCUGCAUGGAGUAAUGAGGAUGUUUUCCAGAUUGAUUCUCUGAUUUCCUGCAGUUCAGCCUCACAGUUAAACCAGUCAACAGAACAUUUCAGUUCACUGUAUAAAACCCACAACAUGAAACACAAGACGGAGAACAACUGGGUCCAAACACAUUUAGGGUGACAUUUUCUCAAAGCAAAGUCAAGUAAAUUAUUAUGUUGUUUAAGUGGUCAAAAAUCAGUCAUUAAAUCUUUACAGUGUAAACAACAUGUAAAGAAAAAGCACUUUUCCAUGAUUAGUCAGAAGACAAUCAAUUAAACAGUUAAAACUCUGACAAUCCUUUAAAUCAGUUAUCAAACAAAAACUCCAUACAUGUAUAAUGAUUAGCUGCUCAUCUUCCACAGUAAACCAGAUAUCUUUCACUUUUGGGUUGUGAUAUUUGAGUAACUCAACAAGCAACACGUUCAAACUGGAAAGUAAUUCUGAAGACGAUUUGUCCUUUUGGUUUGUUAUAGUUUCUAUAAAAAGUAUUCACGCCUCUUGGAAGUUUUCUGCUUUUAUUGCUUUUCAAUAUCAAAUCAAGGUCAAAAUAAUUCGGCUUUUUUAAUGACAAUGUACAUUCCAAGACUCUUGUGUCAAAGUGAAAAUAGAUUCAGAACAGAAGUCAGUUAAUUAAAAUAUGAAAUGUAAACCAAGUCAUUACAAAGGUGUUCACCCCCUUUAAAGUGGUUUAUUCAGUAUGAAGACUCCUGUGUCUGGAAAGUCCAGUCACUGGACCAGAUCUACACCAUGAAGACUAAAGAACACCUGAAGAAACUCUGAGAAAAGGUUUUUGAAAAGCAUCAGUCAAGAGAUGAUACAAGAACAUUUCCAAGUUGCUGAAUAUCUCUUGGAGUCCAGUUAAAUUGAUCAGUAAGAAAUGGAAGAAACAUGGCACAUGUGUAAAUCUGACGAGAGCAGGACGUCCUCAAAAACUGAGUGACCAAGCAAGAAACAGACCAGUGAGGGAGGCCACCAAGACACCAAUGACUCCUCUGAAGGAGUUCCAAGCUUCAGCAGCUGAGAUGGGAGAGACUGUUGAUACAACAACUGUUGUCUGUUCUUCACCAGUCAAAGCUUUAUGGAGACAAAGAGAAAGACUCAAAUCUGAACUAGAGUUCACCAGAAGAUAUGUGGAGACUCUGAAGUCAACCAUAAGAAGGUUCUUUGGUCUGAGGAGACCAAAAUUGAGCUUUUUGGUUAUCGGACUAGAAACUUAUCAUAAACACACCAUCCCCAUCUUAAAGCACGGUGGUGGCAGCACCAUGAUGUGAAGCACGGUGGUGGCAACAUCAUGAUGUGGGGAUGUUCUUCAGCAGCAGGUCCCAGAAGGCUUGUAAAGGUAGAGGGUAAAUGAAUGCAUCAAGUCUAGAGAAAUCCUGGAGGACAACCUGAUGCAGUCUGAAGAGAACUGAGACUUGGAGAAGAUCUGUUUUCUAUCAUGACAAUGAGCCGAAGCAAACAGUCAAAGCUGCACAAAAUUAGUUUCAAGACAACAAAGUCAAAGUUCUGGAGGCCAAGUCAGAGUCCGGACCUCAAUCCAACUGAGAAUCUGUCUGGACUUGAAAGUUCUGUUCACUCAUGAUCCCUGAUGAACCUGACAGUUUGAACAGCUCUGGAAAGACCAGUGGUGUAACAUUUCCAGAUAUUCAAGCUGAUACUCAUUUCUACAGGCUAAAUGCUGUAAUUGCACUCAAGUGCAUCUGAGAAAUACUGACUUGAAGGGAGUGAAUAUUUAUGCUAUGAACUAUUUUAACUUUGAUGCGAAAGAGUCUUUAUUUUGUAAAUCUUUGUCCAAAAAACAAAUUUAAAUUGACCAUGAUUCAGUGUUUAAAAGCACUUAGCUAAAAAAAAAAACAAAAAAAAAAACAUCAAAUGGAAAUGUUAACAAGGUGAAAAAUACUUGAUUUUUACCAGAUGGGGUCUUUUGCUGAUGAGUUGCACAUUUUGAAGUUAUCAGAAGGUAUUCAGAUUAAUCAAACUGCUAGUAGACUAUCAAAAUAAUUGCCAGUUUUUGUAGGUUUACUGUAGCCUCAGUAUGCACUAGGUAAAAGUUGCUUUACUACCACAAAAAGUUCAGCUUACACACUCCUGAGUAUUACAGAGCUCCUAGCCAGUGUUUAAUCAUCUGCAGGUGAUUAGAAGAAACUUCAUUUGAAAUUAUCAUAACAGCAGUAAUUACAAUCAUCCAGUUUUUACGCCCAGUUUACUGUUUUGCGGGAAAUGUACGGCUAAAGUAAUGUUUUCUUACUGAUUAAAGUCACAGUUUGACUACUAAACGUGGUAAAUAGUGACGACCAAUCACUGUACUGUAAUACCAUUUUUCACUUCUGUGUUGUUUGACAAUAAAUGCACCAACUUUA